ACCGCUUCGGUUUAGUAUUGUCAAUAAUCCACUCGUUUAUUGUUCUAAUCAUUUGUGAAUGUGCCAGUAUUGUGAGCCAGCUUUGGCUACGUUUUUCCUCACAGUUGGACGCUUCUAUCAAUUUUACAAUAUCCGGUAGCCGACUUCCUAAUUUUGACAGCUCUCGAGAAAACGUACCGUUUCGAUGGGGCUUUACACGGUGUUAUUUUUCGCUCUAACUCCCUAAAACUACGCUAUAUACAGCCUGCUUCUGUGUAUAUAAUCUUAGCCAUGUUGUCUGUAAAGUCUAAGAUAUUUAUCUUCAUCUUCAUAGUAGUCUGUAAGCAAGCUGUCUUGAAUGCGUCGCGUCAGAAAGAUAGAUGCCCUCGAAGAGUAGUUAUCAUCAAAUCUCACAGUGGAAUCCUCGAGUCUCCAGGAUAUCCAAGUGCGUACCAUUCCAAACAGAGAUGCAUAUGGCAGAUCCAAGUCAACGCUGGUUAUUUAGUUCAUUUACAUUUUAACAAAACGUUCGAUGUGCCCCAUUCUCCCAGCGGUCGUUGCGAAAAGAACUGGGUACUAGUAAGCUCCAGAAGGCAGAGUUUUCGUAGGGGGGUUGGCUUUGUUACUGGGGCACAUACAGUUGUGUUUUGCGGUACGAAUCAACCGAGUAAUAUUACCUCGUUUGGUAGGAACAUCUGGGUCAGGUUUCACUCGGAUAAAACUGGCGAAGGAAAAGGAUUUCGAUUGUAUUUUUCUGCUAUAGAUAUAAAUGAAUGUAAGACCAAUAAAGGAGGUUGUGAACGACGAUGUAUCAAUACCCCUGGAAGCUACAGAUGCGCAUGUCAACGUGGGUAUACACUAAUGACCGAUGGCAAACACUGUGUAGAGACCCCCAAAACAAGAAUUUUGUUUAACAAAAGAAGGUACCAAGCAACAGUCACCGGGCAGAUGUCCUCAGGAACUAAGCUUGUCAAGAUUCGCGCGUCGGCUGACAGGACGGCACAACCACUCGAGUACCAAAUAUUAACCAUAAACAAUCGAGUACAGUCGAAGAAACGAGCUGCGUUUGUUAUUGACAGAAAAUCAGGGGUUAUAAGUCUGAAGAAGAGACCAUCUGUAGGCCUUUACCGAUUGCUCGUAGAGGCUCGUUUGAACGAAGUUAGUUUUGCUCGCGUCGAUGUCAACAUCCGUGUUCGUCCACUCAAGUCAAAACCAAAAUCCUCAAGGACCUUCCGCUUCACAAAUGAACAUUACUCCGUCAUCAUCCCCAAUACUGUCUUAAAGGGACAAAGAAUUCUUCAACUCGAUGUUAAAAAACCCAAAAAUCUCGUCAAUCGAACAGUCAAGUAUAAACUUCGUACGCAGACUCAGUAUUUUGCUCUAAGCGGUAAAUAUGGCUCUCUGACGGUUACUAAGAGCCUAAAACCAAAAGGAAACGUCACUAUUAUGCUUCGUGUCAGAGCGGUAAUACGUGGCCGAGUGAAACGCGAAGCCGAAGCCACGAUUUCCAUCGUGGUGGUUCCGGAGUUCAUCGGGAAUGAGUUCGUGGAAUCGUCGCUAAAAGUGGUUCAUAGGAAGUCGAUGUCUGGUAAGAAGUCAGGUGGAGGGCGUUCAAGGAGUGGGAAGGGACUAGCGGAGUUUAGGCUGCACCGAAUGUUUCGACGGCCAUCUCAAGAGGCCCGACGUAUCUCUCAAGCGGACUUGAAAUUCAACAAUGUCAUCAAAGAUAUCAAACUGAAGGUUGCCAAAAGGGUUUUAGGUAGCAAUGAUAGAUCACGCACUGACCUCGUUUCCGUGAGACUUGGUCCCAGUUCCCUCGCUUCUGAAUCUAAAAUGUUCGACAUCAUCCGUAAUAUUACUUGUUCGCAACCCAAAGUAAACUGCUCCGAUAGCCAAUACCAUUCAAGAUACAGAACGUUUGAUGGAACGUGCAACAAUCUCGACCAUCCCCUAUGGGGCGCCGCCCCCUCUCCAUUCUCCCGCAUGCUAGAUCCCGUCUACUACGAUGACAAUCGCCUAUCAGAUCCCAUUGGCUUUCCCGACCAGCCAUUCGCGCCUCCGAUAUCAUCACCACACCUCGUCAGCCAAGAGUUUUUUGUCCACCGUGUGCGUGCUAGUAGUAGUAGCUGGAUGCAUUCACACAUGCUGAUGCAAUGGGGUCAAUUUCUUGAUCACGAUGUAACUUUCACGGCUGAAAGUGAAGGCGCGGAGAAGUGUUUCCUUCCAAAUUGUGACAACUCACCACAAGACUUCGAGCCGCCCUGUUUUCCCAUCAUGUACCCUGACAAUAAUGAAUGCACGAUGUUUACGCGGUCAGCGGCUGCUUGCCAAAGCGAUGAUGGCAACAUCACACCACGUGAGCAGCUGAACACCGUGACUUCAUACAUUGACGGUUCGCAAAUCUAUGGCUCUUUGGCUGAAACAGCGGAUAAUCUGAGGGAUUUGAUAGGUAACAGAGGAUAUCUGCGAACUUCAGCCGAAGAUUUUCUCCCAUACAUGAAAUCAACUCUAAAACCACCAUUGAAUCUUUGCCAAAUUUUUGGCGGCUGCUUCGACGCGGGCGACUUCAGAGUGAACGAACAAAUCGCCCUGGCCGCAAUGCACACGCUGUGGGUGCGAGAACACAACAGAAUAACUCAGCAACUCAACUCCUUGAACCGAAACUGGGACGAUAACAAGGUAUUCCACGAAGCAAAAAAAAUAGUUGGAGCGGAGCUACAACAUAUUUCAUACUCGGAGUACCUUCCUAAAAUUCUUGGCGCGAAUGCUAUUCCUCCGUAUAAAGGAUACAGUAAUGUUAAUCCGACGAUUCUCAACGUUUUUGCGACGGCUGCGUUUCGGUUUGGACACAGUACUGUGCGUCCGUCAUUUUCUCUCUUGGAUUCAAACUUUGAACCAAUUGCCGAAGACGUACCAUUAAUCAAUGCGUUCUUUAACAACAAGUUGGUCCAGAAAUACGGAGUCAAGCCUAUAUUACUAGGACUUUUAGCUAAUGUAUCACAGGAUGUUGAUAGAGACUUUCCUGCAGGUUUGACAAAGCAUUUGUUUCAACAGCCAGAGUCGGAGCAUGGCUUUGAUUUAGCGGCGCUGAAUAUACAACGCGGGCGCGACCAUGGACUGCCCGGGUAUGGAGUCUGGAGACGUGAGUGCAAUCUCACGCAUGCUGAAAUAUUUGAAGAAACAUUAGAUGAAAUUAGAGAUCCUGAAGCGCGGAGAAUAUUGGAUCGUCUUUACAACGGCUCUGUUGAGGUCGCAGAUCUUUUUGUGAGCGGUCUUGCGGAGGAGCCAGUCAAAGGAGCAAUUGUCGGGCCCACCUUCCAUUGUAUACUUAAAGAACAGUUCAAACGCUUGCGUGACGGGGAUCGAUUCUGGUACGAGAACAACAGGGUCUUCACAAAAGAACAACUUGCGGAGAUCAAGAAAGUCACCUUGUCACGCGUGUUGUGUGACAACCUAGUUGGAAUUGUGUCGAUACAGAAGGACGCCUUUGUUGCACCGACCUUGCGUGACAAACGCGUCAUUUGUUCGCAGCUGCCAAGUGUAGACUUGCGUCUUUGGGAGGAAAGACAAGUCGAUCCACCAACGCUUCCUCCAAUUGAAUUAUCCCAGUGGUUCUAUACAGUACGCACCGCCACGGGCAGUUGGGCAGUAGCCAUUGGAAGACAAAUCUGUCGCAACUCGGUGGUUGAUAUCCAGUGUCAAUUAGCUGAUGGUUCAAAUCUACAGGAAGCAGGGCAGAUCGUUCACUGUGAGCCAUUGGUUGGUGUUUAUUGUCGGAACAGUGAGCAAGGUUCUUCUAAUCAAAUUUGUCGCGAAUUUCGCUUCCGCUUUUUGUGUUCCGACAUUCCAAGGCCAGUUCCUGCUCAACCAUCAGCAGAACCUCUUAAAGGAUUUCCAAGUAAACCAAUCCUCUCUUGUGACGCACGUCACCCAAAUGAUUUCGUCGUCUCAUUUGUGGCUACAACAUCUGUUACAAUCAACAAACCGUACUCAAGCUCUACGCCCGACGAGUACCUCUUCGUUGGCAAAAACACGGGCGAACCAAAGAGUCGCUUGUUGGUGAAGUUUGACACGCGUAGAAUUACUCGUCGAGCUAUCGUCCACUCGGCAUUUCUGUUUCUUUACUUGGUUGAUAUUGAGCGUGAUGCGGGGUUCAGUGGAUUGGAAGUCCCGCCAAAUAAUUUGGAAGCUUAUCAGGUUUUGAGCUCUGACUGGACGGCGGAAAAUACUACGUCUGUGAUACCAUGGAAUGAGAACUAUUUGGGGGUAGGGACUGAUGUGGAUGCAAGAAUAUCGUUGAGUGCACCACUUUUGCUGUCACAAACAAGCAGGUGGAUCUCUCUGGACGUUGCGCACGCACUCAGGAACUGGCAAAUCCGCCGACAACCUAACUACGGGCUCAUGGUCAAAACCAGAAAAGAAACAAGUGCAAAUGCUGUGUAUAGACUCGCUUCUUCUGGGAACAAAAAUGUUAUUGUUCGUCCGAGAUUACUGGUUUGUUUGACUGUACCGCCAUGGUGAAGCAAUGUUUCGAUCCUUCCUUACACACAGACUUUAAACUCAGAUUCGAAUCUCAAAUCUCGCACGUUUGUUAUGGAUAAGAAAGUUUUGGAUUCUUGCGAAGUCUCUUUAUAUUUUAUGAACGGAAUUUCGUGAAGUUAAGCUCAUAUCAACACAGUAAGACUGCGAGCGGUCCAUAUUUCCCCUCAAAAUUCAGUAAUGGCGAUUGCUUUGGGAUUCCUGUGAAGGCACGAAGAUUGGAGCCGAAUAUUGACUAUACCCUUUGAGCCAAUCGAAGCGCACGGGAUCAUUAUUUAACCAAUCAAAAUGCUUGUACACAGCGCCGCCAAAUUAACGGCACGUCUGAACCGAACGUUUUUUACAGGCAUACUAAAUAUACUCUAUAGAAUUAUAAAGUGUUGCAAAAUAAUAAAUGCCUAGCUUUCUUUUAAAAGAUCAAGAUGUAGCUCAGCUCUUUCGGCGCCAACGGCUACUAAAGUCGAUAGCUUGGCAGGGCGCCAUUAAACACUAUCGAACCAAAAGCUGUAUCAGAUUAUUGGAUUUUCCCAAGUUCUUAGUUUUGGCGAAGUCCGCUGAAAAAACUUCGUAGGCGCAGCUUGGAACAAUGAUAUACUCGCCCAACGUCAGGCGGAAGAGAGCAUGCGCAAAGGGUAUCGAGUCUAUGACACUUACGAAGCCGGCUGAAAGUUUACAAUGCAUUCUGAAUGCUCGAUAUAUUUCAUAUUUCUCCUAACGUAAAGCUACAACAAUCUGACAAUUAUUUACAUUUCCGUUGCGCUUGUUCAUUUUGGUAAAAUUGAGAUUUAAGAAUAUUUACAUUGGAAAAGAAAACAUUUGAAAAAGAGAACUUCUCGUGCAUUUUAGAGUUCUUAGGAUCGUCACGCAACGUUUCUCUCCCCACGAACGACGAAAUGUUGCGUGACAACGUCAAGACCACUGUAUAGGAGGCGGCUAACCCUAUUCGGUAUUCCAAUUUGUUUUUCAAUAUUUGAACAUCAUGUCAACCUCCUUAGUAGCAUUUUCUUUUUUACUGAGGACGCAAAAUGACAUUUAUAAUGCAAUAAAGUUUCUAAAAAGAAA